AUGGACAUUGACACCAUCCUCAAGCACGUAGUCGUCGGCAAAGGCAGCGUUUUUGGCGCUUGUUCGGCCAAUGGCCUGAUGGGAUUUUUCGCCGGCAACGUCGCCUACAUCUCCGUGGCUGUCCUGCUUUGGGCAUGCCUUACCUUCCUCGACUUGAAGAAGAAGGAUAACAAGCAGUAUGAAUCCAAUAGCGCCGCGUUGUGCGAAAGCAUCGCCUCUGCCUUCCUCGCCUGCACCAUCAUCUCCGCCCUGGCCGACUUCAUUCUGGAAGUCGUGUCGUUUACUUGCGCGCUCGCCGCUCCGAUGAGCAUGAAGGUUGCGUCUUUUGUUGUCUGGACCAUCGGGAAGGUCGCCAUGACCGCCUGUAGCAUUUGGGAGUUUAGAAAGGCGUGCCGCGAGAGAGCCGCGCCUCCUGCAGAGGAUGGUGAUGUGGAGAUGGGUGCGCUUCAUGCUGAGGAUGAUACCACCCAAGGCGCCACCAACGACACCGACACCACCAACUCGAUUGCUCGGACCAGAGAUGGCUCGGUCAUCAACAUCACCAUCCAGGGGCGUCCCACGGACCCUGGCUCAUUCGUAUAG